CUAGAACCCGUUUCUCUGUAGCAGUGGUCUGUCUACGCUCCGAUCCUUCUUCCCUCAUCGUCGAGGCGUCGAGGCGGUAGCUAUAGUAUAUAGCUGCGCCGCGUCGUCUUGUCUCAUGUGACUGACCGAGCGAGGUGGACGUACGCGUGCGUGAUUCCGCCGGGUAGGUUGCUUCCGCGCUUGGAUUGGAGAAAGGUCGAUCGGCGAUGGGGAAGGCGGGGCGGUGGCUCAAGAGCAUCCUGGCGGGGAGGAAGGACGGCGGCGGCAAGAAGGCGCCGCCGCAGCAGCAGGACGGCGACGCCACGCCGCUGCCGGCGGCCAGCAGCCCCCGGGAGAAGAAGCGAUGGAGUUUCCGCCGGCCCGCGACGGAGCAGCAGCAGCAGCAGGGGAAGAAGCCCGCCGCUGCGCUGUCCCCGCUGUGGUCCAUGGACCCGGCGGCGGCGGGGAUCGCCGGCGUGUCGGUGUCGGGGCGCGAGCCUGACGGGCUCGACCAGAGCAACCACGCCGUCGUGUUGGCCGUGGCCGCGGCGGGGGCCGCCGACGCCGCGGUGAUGGCUGCCGCGGAGGCGGCCGCCGAGGUGGCGCGUCUGGCGGCGGAGGAGGAGAGCGACGUGUCGGCGAUCUGCGCCGUCGAGGAGGCCGCCGCCGCCAGGAUCCAGGCCACAUUCAGAGGCUAUCUAGCGAGGAAGGCGCUGUGCGCGCUGCGCGGGCUGGUGAAGCUGCAGGCGCUGAUCCGUGGCCAGCUUGUACGGCGGCAGGCCACCGCCACGCUCCGCCGCAUGCAGGCCCUCGUCGACGCGCAGUCCCGCCUGCGGGCGCAGCGCGCGCGCAUGGUCGACGCGGACCAUGUCGCCGCCGCCGCCUACCAGCGCCGGUCGCCGCAGCACCCCAGGCGCCGCAGCUCCUACGAGAUGGACCGGUCCGGCGAGGAGCACGUGAAGAUCGUGGAGGUGGACGUCGGCGACCCGGCGUGGCGCGGGCGGAGCAGCUGCUCCGCGGCGGCGACAGAAUCCAGGGAGCGGCGCUUCGCCGAGUACUACUGCUACGGCGGCGGUGGCGGGGGCGGCGGGCAGUGCUCGCCCGCGCCGUCGUCCGCGGCGUUCGGCGCGGAGCUGAGCCCGCAGCACGCGUACAGCGGCCACUUCGACGACGCGUUCGCGUUCGCCGACCACGCGGCGGCGGCGGGGAGCAGCCCGUACGUGUCUCCGUACGACGCGUGUGACGGGUACGGCGCGGUCCCGAGCUACAUGGCGAACACGGAGUCGUCCCGCGCCAAGGCCCGGUCCCAGAGCGCGCCGCGGCAGCGCACCGACGGCGCGGCGGGGGCGGCGGCGCUGGAGCGGCAGCCGAGCCGGCGCCGCGGCGCGCCCAGGAAGACGAUGCAGCGGUCGUCGUCGCACAUCGGCGUGCCGGCGGCGGUCGGCGCGUGCGGGUACGGCUACGGCUACGGCUACGGCUAUGGUUACCACCACCAGCAGCAGCAGCAGCAGCAGAACCCCUGGGCGGGCGUGAGGCUGGACCGGUCGAGCGCGUCGCUGGUGGGCAGCGAGUGCGGGUCCACGAGCUCCGUGCUCACCGCCGCCACCGUCGGCUACUGCCGCUCGCUCGUCGGAUUCGAGGUGCAGAGGGGGCGCUACUGAAGCUGAUCGAGCAGCUUGCUGCGGGGGAUGGCGACUCAACAAUGCGGCAGUACACAAUGUAAUGUAUCAAGAGGAGUUGUUGUUGUGGUGUUUCAAGGCACCCUGCAAAAUGUUGAAGAAACUAAAAUCCAUCUGUUUCCGGUGUCUGCUGAUGGCUUGCAUGGGAUUCUUACCUCUAGGCCUCUAGCUGCAAGUUUUUUUUUUAUCUAGCUUGCAAGCCAUGUGUAAAAUCGUAAACGUGAACAGCUAGCCUUCCAGAA